UUUUUUUUUGCUGGCUUUGACCCUGUUGCUUUUCUUGGAGAGCAAUGAAAUGUGGGGCUUUUUUUCCUCGCGCCAGACGCCUGCAAAUCGGGAUGCCGGCGCUCUCGAAGGCAGACCCCGACGGACGGUGGAGGGACAGAGGGGGCCCCGGGAUGCCAGCGCUCUCGAAGGCAGACUCCAACGGAUGGAGGAGAGUCAACAGACGCUCCUGGCCGGGAUAAACACGCUUGAUGAUCGCUUACGUCAGAUGGAAAUCAUCGUCAAAGCUGUCUUGUCAUCGCAACACUCAGAAUCGAACGUGACCUUGCCCCGUGUGAUCGAUGAACAAGAAGGUCAAGCCUCGGACCCGAGGCCAGGCCUCUUGUUUGAAGCGACAGCGUCACUGGAGAGAACGCACCAAACGCAGCAACCACGCACGUUUGGGGAUCAAGGCACCGCCGACGACAAACAUCCCUCGUCAAAACCAGAAACGCGCGAGCAAGGCGUUCAAUGUGCACUACGCGUGGAGGCACAGAGUGGCCCAUCGCACCCGCUCUCUCUUGGGUGCCAGGCUGCUCAGCAAGAGAUUGGUCUUCGAGAGUGCAAGUCCCUACCAGCAGCGGCAGCCAGUUCGAGCUUUGUCUUACCACAACGCAAACCAGUGGCGUUGUGGCGGAUGAACUGGUCUCUGACGCUCAACAUGCCGGUGCUUGAGUUGCCGGUCGAAGGCGAUACAUCAGCCCAUGCGCUGGCAGCUGUGCUAUCGGCAGAGAAGGCAACACUUCGAGAUGAUGCCCAGCGCAUGAUCGUGCUUUCCAAUGCCGAGUCACGUCUUGGGCAAAAUCUGCAGAAAAUGGAGCGACUGUGCAGGACUGGACUGCCUGGAGGCCCACACGGAGCAGUUCGCAUCUGCCUUGCCCUGCUUGUUCAAGAGACACCCAAGGGUUCAAUGGAUUAUAUUUGCAAUCACACGCCGACGCCGACCCCCCCAAACUGGCCUUCUUGUAUCGUGGUAUUGUACAUCAACUCUCACGGCCAGCUACACCCGGGCGAAGCCAAUGCGAGUGGCCUACAAAGGCUCAACCAGUGGCUGGCCCUGUAAGCAGCGUACGCUGUCAAUCAGAGUGGGGCUUCUUUGUGAGCACACUCCAGCCCGCCUCAUCUCUUCCUAGAAUACCUGUGUGUCUACAAGUCUUGAUGCUGUGUGCUAGUGGCAUUGUGAUUCAAAGAUCUUCCCCUACGCCCAGAUCAAAAUGCUCGUGAGAGCGGCUGCUUGCAAAGAAUGACGACACACUCACACACACACACACACACAC